AGAUUAUAAGUUACAUCUACCUGUCUUUAUCUUCUACAGUUUAUAAGCUAUUAGUUUGUCUUAACGUACAAGAUAAAUUAGAAGAGUAGACGUAGACGACGAUAAUUGUUUGGUAGAACCUUAAGAAUCUUAGGUGUAUCUCUUUAGUUUGAAAGUUGGAUACAGAAUCUGUAGAUUUAGUAGCUCGUUGUCCUCUUUUUGUUGUGUAUAAAGGUUUCAGUGUUUUAGCUGGUGAAGGUGAGGUUCUUGGUAUGAAUAUGAAGAAGCAGAUUAUGGAUGGUUCUGAGAAUUUGGGAUUCAAGAAGUCAUCGAUGCCACCUCCUCCCCCACCGCUUCCUCCAUCUCCAGGAUAUGGAUCAAGAAAGAUCGAGGGAGACAGCAUAACCAAUAAACAGAUCAAGAAGUUCUGGAGGCAGAAGCAGAUCAUUGAAGAGGAGCAUCUCUUUGCUGCUAUCAAGGCUGCAGCUCGUGUCAGAGCCCGUAAUCUCUCUGAUGAGGACUACAAACGCUUUGAAGAAAGCUUGGACAUGGAGGAUCCAGAAACCGAAGUUCAUGAGGGAAUUAAAGACUGGUGGAUGAAGAGUAAGUACGCAUACUUGAACCAGCCUGCUCUUGGAUCUGCAGAUUCACUCAAGAGAAAGAGGUUUUCGUCUUAUGUACCAAACUAUUUCUCCUUCAAGCCUUGCAUUCCUCUCUAUGCAACUUCGCUCAAUGUCUUUUAACAAUGGGGAAAUUGUCUUGCGUUAUAUGUCUAUAUAUUUGUGUGUGUAUGUGUCUUUGUACAUUUAUGUGUUACUGUUUUCCAUGCUAAUGGAUCUGGACUUUGGUGUGUGGUUGUUGAUUUGUAAGUGUUGAAUAAAAUUCAAUCUUACUAUGGAA